AUGCGCCCCUGUACCGCCUCCUCAUGCUGCUGCCAGGCCUGUAAUCUGCCAUGGGCCCCCGUACCGACUCCUCAUGCUGCUGCCAGGCCCGUAAUCUGCCAUGGGCCCCUGUACCGCCUCCUCAUGCUGCUGCCAGGUCCAGAGUGUGUCAUGGGUCCCUGUACGGCCUCCCAUUGCUGCUGUCUCUAUCGCCACACUCUGCCAUGUGCCACUUUCAGGUCUCCUCACACUGCUGGUGGUUUCCAUUUUUGUCAUAGGGUGCUGUAUGGCCUCCCAUUGCUGCUGCCUCCACCGCCACACUGUGGCUCCACACUCUGGUUUUGGCCCCGUGACUGGCCAAAUGAGUGAAGUGUGCGGUGAUUCUAAGAUCGACGGCACUCAUCUGCAUG